AUGGACAUUGACCCCUACACCGGCAAGAACAAGGGCAUCUACAACCUCAACUUCAUUGCCCGCGAGAAGAACCCCAACCUCCGCACGGUCGUCUCGUUCGGUGGCUGGUCUGGCUCGGUCCACUUCUCCAACGUCGCCAAGAGCUCUUCCGCCCGUGCCAACUUUGUCUCCAAGGCCAUCGCCUUUGUCAACAAGUUCCAUUUCGAUGGCAUUGAUAUUGACUGGGAGUACCCCGGAGGCGGUGGCCUUCCUUGCAACACUGUCGACCCCAACGAUGCCAUCAACUUCGAAACCCUCCUUGGCGAUCUCCGCAGCGCCUUGGGUCCUAACCGCAUCCUUUCGAUCGCCUCUGCCGGUGCCUCCUUCCGUUACAAUGUCGGCAGCAAAAACUAUGUUUCCAGCUACAUGAAGCAUCUCUCGUACCUCCAAAUCAUGAGCUACGACUUUUAUGGCUCCUGGGUCCCAUACACCGACUUCAACGCUCCUCUCAACGAAGACCCCAGCCAGCCCAAGGCAAACCUCCAGAACAACCAGGUCUUCAGCAUUGCCAACGCCUUCAAGGAUUUUGUCGGCCAAGGUGUCUCUCCGAGCCAGCUGGUCGUCGGCCUUGCUUUCUACGGCCGCUCCUGGAUCGCUUCCGCCAAGGGCAGCAACAACGGUCUGUACCAACUGUGUGGCAACCUUGCCAACGGCCAGAAGCAGGACCCCAGCAAGCCCAAGGCCUGCCCUGCGCCUCCUGGUGACCAGCUCGAUGCGGACUGGACUGAUCCCUGCGGUGCCACAUACAAAUCUGGAGUCUGGAUGUACCUCAACCUGCGCAAGCAGGGUGUUCUCUCUGGACCCACCACCGCUGGCUCCGGCUACACUCGCCAGUACCACGACUUUGCCCAGUCCCCCAGCUUGUACGAGACUAGCACCGGCCGAUUCAUUUCCUAUGACGAUCCCCAGUCGCUGCAAGCCAAGGCUGCCUGGGCCAAGGCUCAAGGUGCUGGCGGUGUCAUGUUCUGGGAACUUUCCGAAGACUACCAGCGCGAGCUUUUGAACGCCGUCCAGGCUGGUUGGGGCCACUAA